CAUUGCCUGCGUGUCGAAGGAACAUUUUUUAUCGAAACGGAUGCCUCAAUCAACUGCUCCCGACAUACGCAAUCAGCCGCCAUUAGAGGAGCCGACACCGAUUUUACCGACAUUAGAAGCAUUUCCGACAGAGAAUCUUAUAGAAAUAGUCGACCUAAUCGACCCAUUGAUCAACCGUUCGGCCUAAUUAACAAUUCGCACGUAGUAACUGACGAAAAUUCUAAUGACGAUGCUUAUCCUUUGCUGAUCAGUGAUGAACCAUAUGACGAUGAUGCUAUGUAUACCAGUCCAAUGCUUCUACCUUUAUCGUUAACGGAUCGACGUGAUUUAUCGGGAAUGAGUAGUAACGAGUUUACUCAACCGAUUGCUGAUGUGAAUGACAAAGUAAAUACCACUGCUGUUUUAUCUAUCGACCAACUGCUAAUAGACGAAAGUCACAUGACUGUGACCGACGAAUGUAAUGAAACGUUGAACCGACGUGCACGCCAAGAAACAUCGAUCGACGUUGCCAAUCCUAAUCCAACCGCUGACGAAUUGCUGUAUCAAAUUGCAAUGAAUAGAAUAACGAUGAUCUACCAGAACGUGAGGGGUCUCCGCGGAAAAACAAAACAAUUCAAACUAUCGUCAACCGGAUGUGACUCUGACCUAAUUGCUGUGACUGAAUCUGGCCUCCACCCUGGAAUUUAUGACGUGUCAUCACUACGCUCGCUGCGGAUUGCUGGUAAAACGCUGAUCGUCCGUAAUCGUUUUGCACCGAAUACACAAAAUCGUGAAUCACAUAACGAAGGAUGGAUUAAGACUCCGACGGGUCGACUGGGUCGAAAUCUCAUCUCCGGGUUCGUUAUCAGACGUGAUGCUAAAAUACGUCAAUUUUGAAUUUGUGCACGUUGUAAUGUAUAGCCAGUAAGCUUUUUUAGCCGUUGGCUAGUAAUAAAAUAAAUAAAUAA